CAGUCCCACAGCUGCUUUGGGUCCUGGCCCCUGCCCCAGCUAUGGCUCCUGGGGCUCCUUCAUCCAGACCCAGCCCUAUCCUGGCUGUGCUGCUCUUCUCUUUGGUGCUCUCCCCGGCCCAGGCCAUCGUGGUUUACACGGAUCGGGAAGUCCAUGGUGCUGUGGGUUCCCGGGUGACCUUGCACUGCUCCUUCUGGUCCAGUGAGUGGGUCUCAGAUGACAUCUCCUUCACCUGGCGUUACCAGCCCGAAGGGGGCCGUGAUGCUAUCUCGAUCUUCCACUAUGCCAAGGGACAGCCCUACAUCGACGAGGUGGGAAGCUUCAAAGAGCGCAUCCAGUGGGUAGGCGACCCUCGCUGGAAGGAUGGCUCCAUUAUCAUACACAACCUGGACUACAGUGACAACGGCACAUUCACCUGUGAUGUCAAAAAUCCACCCGACAUAGUGGGCAAGACCUCCCAGGUCACGCUCUAUGUCUUUGAAAAAGUGCCCACGAGGUAUGGGGUGGUGCUGGGAGCCGUGAUCGGAGGUGUCUUGGGGCUGGUGCUGCUGCUGCUGCUGCUUUACUACCUGAUCCGGUACUGCUGGCUUCGCAGGCAAGCGGCCCUGCAGAGGAGGCUUAGCGCCAUGGAGAAGGGGAAGUUGCACAAGUCUGCAAAGGACUCCAAACGUGGCCGGCAGACACCAGUGCUGUAUGCCAUGCUGGACCACAGCAGAAGCACCAAAGCUGCCAGUGAGAAGAAGAAAGGGCUGGGGGAUUCUCGCAAGGAUAAGAAAUAGCGGUUAGCGGGCCGGGCGGGGGGUCGGGAGUCCGCGGCGGAGUCCUCCAAGGGCUCUCGGGUGGUGGUCAUCGAGAUGGAGCUACGAAAGGAUGAGCAGAGCUCGGAGCUCCGACCAGCUGUCAAGUCCCCCAGCAAAACCAGCCUCAAGAACGCCCUCAAGAACAUGAUAGGCCUGGACUCUGACAAGUGAUCGCCGCCUCUCCCCUAGGCCCUACUAGAGCAGGGGGACCUAGGCCCCUCUUAUCACCUGUCUAGGUGCUUUCCGCCCUAGCCCCCCAGCCCUGCCCUGCCCACGCCUCCCUUUGAGAUGUAAGUUUCAUUCCAAAACUCAAACCCCUCCCACCUGCUAUGCUCCCUCCCUCGCCCUCCCCUCCCCCCAGGCUUUCUGGAAGCCCAGGGCCGGAUCCUACCCAUCACUGGCCCCAAGGACUGUGUGUUUGGUGCCUGUCCCUCUGGCACUGAGAAGAAAGGGACCUUGAUACCCCCUGCCACAACCCAGGUCACCCGGCUUUCCCAUCUCCUGCUGCCACCCACCCUGUCCUCUGGCUUUUCCCACUUUUUCAAUCCCUCCCCUCCAUCAGGUCAUCCAGCAACAUUUUCUACCCUACCCCC